GUUGCAACUUGGUAGUCAUCGGCGUAAUAGUCAUCAAUCCUCACCUUUUUUCCCAAUUUUGUGAUUAUGGGCAUAUAAAUUUCAAGGGUAAAUCGCCUAUCAUCACAAAGCUCUGAGAGACACGUAUGCCUCCUUUCACCUCAAAUUUAUAAAUCAACGAUUGUCUCAUUUGUUUGACUCAUCUUAACCUAUCGGUCAUCCCUUGCAAAAUGUCGCCAUUUAUGAGCGAGGCGGAAGCACAAUGGCGCGAACAGUUUGCCGCUAUGAAGGCUGCUCUAGCAGACCUAAAAUUGCCAGGAAAGAAUCGAUCCAUUGAAGCUGAGCUUAACCUAGACUUUGACCUGGACGAUGAGGACCUCACUUCCGGAAAUAGCGGUGACGAUGUCUGGGAUUUCAUAGAAGAUAGCGAAGAAGACUUGUACAGUAGCGAUCUCAUCGAAGAAGCCAAUGGUCAACCCGAUGGCGGCAGCUAUGGGCCAGCUUGGUUUUCACAACAAUGCUCCAUUAUUGCCUCUAAGAAAAACGGAUUAUCUUCCGACGCAUUUCAAGCUCAAGUUCUCGAUGUAUUGAACUCUCAACGGUCCGAGGAUGAACUACAGUCUCAACUCACUGAUAUCGUCGGUUUUGAUGAUUUCGACUUUAUCAUUGAACUGUUAUCUCAUAGACAUGAAGUAACUUCAAGUUUCGCUGCUCAGGAAGCAAGUAGGCCUACUGGCCGACUUUUGACUAAAGCUGAGAGAGAUGAAGCUCUUCGCCGAAAGGAUCUGGAGCAUAAAAAUGCUACUCUGGCCCCUAGUAUGCAUAAAGAGGUACAAUAUCCUCAUAUCUACAAGGCAUAUAAUGCUGGCAACACCUUAAGUCAUACGGGAGCCCAAUACGGUAUGCCUGUUGGUACUGAAAGAAAGGAGAGGGAGAAGUAUGAGGAGUUUAUUGUCCCGGCAGGGAAAACUGGCACACUUCUCCCCGGCCAUAAGCUUGUCAAUAUCGCCGACAUGGAUGGACUCUGUCGAAGAACAUUCAAAGGCUACAAGUCAUUGAACAGGAUGCAAAGUCUAGUAUAUCCGGUGGCAUACAAGUCCAGCGAGAACAUGUUAAUCUGUGCCCCUACUGGUGCGGGUAAGACAGAUGCAGCUAUGCUAACAAUUUUACAAACAAUUGGUCAAUAUGUAACACCCAACCCUAUCGAGAACACGGAUGCAACGGAUUUUGGCGUCGAUACCCAAGACUUCAAAAUCGUAUACGUUGCUCCGAUGAAGGCGCUGGCUGCCGAAAUCACCCAGAAGUUAGGGAAGCGUCUUGCGUGGCUUGGUAUUCAAUGCCGCGAGUAUACGGGGGAUAUGCACCUUACCAAAUCCGAAAUUGUGCAAACGCAGAUCAUUGUUACCACGCCCGAAAAAUGGGAUGUGGUCACCAGGAAGGGUACUGGGGACACUGAGCUUGUGCAGAAAGUUAGGUUGCUCAUCAUUGAUGAAGUCCAUAUGCUUCAUGAUGAGCGAGGUGCUGUGUUGGAGUCUUUGGUCGCACGAACGGAACGUCAAGUUGAGAGCACGCAGUCCCUAAUCCGUAUUGUUGGGCUCAGUGCCACCCUUCCAAACUAUAUCGACGUUGCCGACUUCCUCAAGGUCAACAGAUAUGCUGGGCUUUUCUACUUUGAUGGCUCCUUCCGCCCAGUUCCCCUCGAACAACACUUCAUUGGAGUCAGGGGUAAAGCCGGUUCAAAAGUGUCUAGAGAGAAUCUUGACAUAGUAGCCUAUGAAAAAGUCCAGGACAUGCUAGAGCAAGACCAUCAAAUCAUGGUGUUCGUUCACUCCAGAAGAGACACGCUUCUCACUGCUAAGAUGCUUUAUCAGAAAGCUGCUGACCAAGCGGCGACUGACCUCUUCGAUCCAGCAGGACAUCCAUAUUAUGAGCAGGCUAUCAGAGACAUGAAGUCUUCAAAAGCACGUGAGCUUAGGGACCUCUUGCCAAAAGGGCUGGGUAUACACCAUGCUGGAUUAACCCGCUCGGAUAGAAACCUUAUGGAAAAUCUGUUCUCCAAAGGUGUCAUCAAGGUCCUUUGCUGUACAGCUACCCUCGCGUGGGGUGUCAACUUACCGGCUGCCGCAGUCAUUAUCAAAGGGACACAAGUCUAUAGUGCUCAAGAUGGAAAAUUCGUAGACCUGGGUAUUCUCGAUGUGCUUCAAAUAUUUGGUCGUGCUGGACGACCACAGUUUGAGGAUGUGGGCAUCGGCAUGAUCUGCACAACCCACGACAGGCUAGCACAUUAUCGACAAUCAGUUACUGCGCAGCAACCUAUCGAGUCGAGAUUCUCUUCGAAAUUAGUCGAUAAUUUGAACGCCGAAAUUGCGCUAGGCACUGUGACUUCUAUCCCAGAAGCUGUGCAAUGGAUCGGUUACUCUUACCUAUUCGUUCGUAUGCAGAGAAAUCCCAUGGCUUACGGUAUCGAAUGGGCUGAGAUUAGGGAUGAUCCAACGCUUGUCCAGAGGCGGCGACAACUUGCUAUUCAGGCAGCCAGAACUUUACAACAAAGACAAAUGGUUAUAUUCAACGAAACGACCGAGGAACUCAGAAGCAAGGAUAUUGGCCGCAUUGCUAGCCAGUAUUACAUCCAGCAGUCAAGUAUAGAAAUCUUCAACAAGAGAAUGCGGCCCCAUUCAACAGAGGCAGACAUAUUGAAGAUGAUAAGCGAGAGUGGGGAGUUUGACAACAUCCAAUCUCGGGACAACGAGGCCAAAGAACUUACUAAGCUGAGGGACGAAGUGGCUCCUUGUGAUAUCGGCAGUGGAAUUGAUACUCCACAAGCAAAGACCAAUAUUUUAUUGCAAGCUUAUAUUUCUCGGACUCAACUGGAAGAUUUCACGCUUGGAAACGAUCUCAACUACGUAGCCCAACAGUCUGGUCGGAUUUGUCGUGCACUGUUCAUGAUUGCUCUGAACAGACGAUGGGGUCACCAAUGCUUGGUCUUGCUUACCCUCUCAAAGGCUAUCGAGAGACGCAUUUGGCCAUUUGAGCAUCCACUUCAUCAAUUCGACCUGCCUAAGUCAGUGCUCAAUCAACUCGACGCGAAAGAGAAUUUAAGCAUCGAGGUACUGCGUGAAAUGGAAACAGCCGAAAUUGGUAGCUUGGUGCACAAUGGGAAUGCUGGUAAGAAGAUAGCCAGUAUUAUUAGGAAUUUUCCAACUGUAUCUAUCGAUGCGGAGAUUGCUCCUUUGAAUCGGGAUGUGUUAAGGAUCAAGCUUUAUAUCACGCCAGACUUUACUUGGAAUGACCGGAUGCAUGGCACAUCGGAAUCUUUCUACAUCUGGGUUGAAAAUUCGGAAACGUCUGAAAUUUAUCACCAUGAAUUUUUCAUACUUAACCGAAGGAAGCUUUACGACGACCACGAACUCAACUUCACAAUCCCGCUAUCCGACCCUCUCCCCAACCAGAUAUACGUCAGGGCCGUGUCGGACAAGUGGCUGGGAGCAGAGACUGUCAACCCCGUCUCUUUCCAACAUCUCAUUCGUCCGGAUACGGAGAGCGUCUAUACGGACCUGCUCAAAUUGCAACCAUUGCCCAUCACCGCCCUCAAAAAUCCUGGACUGGAAGAAAUCUACGCGAAGAGGUUCCAGUUCUUCAAUCCCAUGCAGACGCAGAUAUUUCAUACGCUUUACCACACGCCAGCCAAUGUCCUCCUAGGGUCGCCUACUGGUAGUGGAAAAACUGUCGCUGCGGAGCUGGCUAUGUGGUGGGCAUUCCGAGAGCGUCCGGGUUCUAAGGUGGUUUAUAUUGCCCCUAUGAAGGCUUUGGUCCGUGAGCGAGUCAAAGACUGGGGCGCUCGACUUUCCGGGCCCCUAGGCUUGAAGCUCGUUGAGUUAACAGGAGAUAAUACGCCAGACACUAGGACUAUUAAGGAUGCCGAUAUCAUCAUUACAACACCUGAGAAGUGGGACGGUAUCUCUCGUAGCUGGCAAACUAGAGGAUAUGUUCGUCAAGUUUCUCUUGUGAUCAUUGAUGAAAUUCAUCUACUUGCCGGAGACCGAGGACCGAUUCUUGAGAUUAUCGUGUCUCGUAUGAACUACAUUGCCCAAUCUACCGAGAAAUCUGUCAGACUUCUCGGCAUGUCUACUGCCUGUGCGAACGCAACAGAUCUAGGGAACUGGCUUGGGGUUAAGGAAGGCCUAUUCAACUUUCGACAUUCCGUACGACCUGUACCAUUAGAACUAUACAUCGAUGGGUUUCCGGAAGUGAGAGGAUUCUGUCCAUUGAUGCAAUCUAUGAACCGACCAACUUUCCUAGCGGUCAAGACUCAUAGUCCCGACAAGCCUGUGAUCGUCUUCGUUCCAUCGCGAAGGCAGACUAGACUGACUGCAAAGGACUUGAUCAACUACUGUGGCAUGGAAGACAAUCCUAGGCGCUUCGUCAACAUGUCAGAAGAUGAUCUUCAGCUUAACCUCGCCAGGGUGAAGGAUGAUGCACUCAAAGAAGCGAUAAACUUCGGCAUUGGACUUCACCAUGCUGGUCUUGUUGAAUCCGAUCGACAACUAGCUGAAGAAUUAUUCCUAAAUAACAAGAUCCAGAUCCUGAUUGCGACAAGUACACUGGCCUGGGGUGUUAACCUUCCGGCUCACUUGGUGGUUGUCAAGGGUACACAGUUUUAUGACGCGAAGAUCGAAGGAUACAAGGACAUGGAUUUGACUGACGUCUUGCAAAUGUUGGGCCGAGCUGGUCGUCCACAAUUCGACAACUCUGGUGUUGCACGCAUCUUUACACAGGACGCAAAGAAAGACUUCUACAAACACUUCUUACAUACUGGCUUCCCAGUUGAAUCGUCUCUACAUACAGUCCUCGACAACCAUUUGUGUGCAGAAGUAUCGGCCGAAACGAUUCGAACUAAGCAAGAUGCUUUAGACUACUUGACCUGGACGUUUUUCUUUCGUCGACUACACAAGAACCCUUCAUACUAUGGACUCGAGAUCUCUGCUGAAGAGCACAACACAAUGGCUGCCCAGCAGCUUGCGAAUGAUUUUAUGGUUGACAUGGUAAACAAGUCCUUAGACGAACUCGCGACUUCGAAGUGUGUCGAGAUCUAUCCCAACGGGGAUGUGGACCCGACUCCCUUGGGUAAGAUCAUGAGUUACUACUACCUCUCACACAAAACAAUCCGGCAUCUCGUCAAGCACGCGAAGCCAAAAGCAAAUUUCCUAGACGUCCUAUCUUGGAUGUCUCGUGCUAUAGAAUACGACGAGCUUCCCGUCCGACACAACGAGGAUCUCAUCAACGCAGAGCUAUCGAAGAACCUCCCAUUUGAUGGCAAUGCAUUUGGCCUGCCCAUGUGGGAUCCUCACGUCAAGGCCUUCCUACUACUUCAGGCACAUAUGGCACGCAUUGACCUUCCCAUUACGGACUAUGUCGGCGACCAGACCAGCGUUUUAGAUCAGGCCAUCCGUAUCAUUCAGGCAUCCAUCGACGUCCUCACCGAACUAGGCUAUCUAUCGAGCUGCCUUGAAAUGAUCAAACUUCUCCAAUGCGUCAAAUCCGCUCGUUGGCCUCAAGACGCCCCCUUAUCUAUCCUGCCCGGGACCAAUCCCGAUUCUGACAACCUCAAAGACAACAAGAUGACGCUUCAGAAACUAAGCGCCCUUCCCCGACCACAAGUCGAGGAUUUAGCCCGCAAGCUCAACGUCCCGAGUUCACAACAGGCUCGCUUUACGCGCGCCGCCGCCAUCCUCCCAAACGUCAGCGUCAGAGUCGAGGACGUGACGGCGCAGUCCCUCGUCGUUUCUAUGAAACGCCUGAACCCCGUCGCCGAGCGUGAAGCCCGCGUCUACGCACCCAGGUACCCGAAGCCACAGAACGAGGGCUGGUUCGCCGUCGUGUGCGAUGUCGCCCGUGACGAGGUCAUCGGCAUCAAGCGCGUGUCCUGGAGCCAAAAGGGGCCUAAUCCUAACAAGUCUAACAACGCUAAGCAGAACGCGGGUAUUCAGGUUGGCUCGAGGCCGACGGCUAAGACGGUGCUUAAGUUGCCUAAGCCGGAUAGGGGUGGUGGUGCGAGGAAGGUCGACGUCUUGGUCCUGAGCGAUGCGUAUAUUGGUAUGGAGUACAGGGUCAUGGGCGUGGAGAUACCGGCGCUGCCAACGGUGGAUGAUGAUGUGGAUAAGUCUAAGUCGAAGGGGAAGCAGAAAGAGCAAGCUCAAGGGCAAGGUAGCGCGGCUUGAAUGAGUGGUUGAUAUAGACGGAAGAUAUCGAGAGAAGGAAUAGGGGCAGAGGAUAAAAUUCGAAUAUAGCUGUGGGUGAGUAAUGAGGAUAUUUCAUGAAUAAAUGGCGAAUGAAUACGAAUAGAUAUCCUGAUCCAGUUGUGAAGACGAUGUAUGUAUCGAGGCUCAUACAAAGCCUAGAACUCUAAAAGUAACCUAACAUAUAAACUUACCUAGUUAUAUCG